UGGAGGGCGCGGCUGCGCUCAGCCCUGAACGUUGGCACCGUCCGCGCGCCGCCCGCCCGCCGCCAGAUUUGACAUUCUACACUCAAGUCAUCAUGGCCUUUUUCCAGCUCCUGAUGAAAAACAAGGAACUCAUUCCUUUGGUGGUGUUGGUGACGGCCGCAGCCAGCGGAGCCUCCUGGUUUGCUCUCUAUUCCCUUCGGAAAAGCGAUGUGAUCACUGAUCGAAAAAGAAAUCCAGAACCUUGGGAAACUGUGGAUCCUACCGUACCUCAAAAGCUUCUCACAAUCAACCAACAGUGGAAACCCAUUGAAGAGUUACAGAUGGUCCGAAAGGCAUCCAAAUGACCAAACGUCGCCUCUUCUUCUAAAGAGCACUCUAUGAAUCUAGUGGAAACACUUCUGCACAAACUAGAUUGUGGACACAGUGUGCGGAAAUGCUUCUGCUACAUUUUUAGGGUUUACCUACAUUUUGGACUUCGAAUAAGGAAUUAAAGGCAGUGCAGGAAUAACCACAUAGUCCAAAAUUAACUUUCUGUGUUUAUUGUUGUAAAUUUCAGUUUUGCAUGUUGAAAUUUUUAUGUUUAUGAUGUCUGAAUGUUUUCCUUGAAAAGUGUAAAGAUAUGUAAAUUAGAUUAUUGUCUUAAUAAAGUACCGCUUGUGUAAGAUUUCUUAAAA